AUGAAUGAUAUCUGGGCUCAAGAAAUGGGAGAUCAUGCCAUUUUCUCCAUCAUCAUGGCCUUUUUGCUUGUAUCAUUUUUCAGUGCCCACUUAUCCAAUGUGGAUGCCUCAUUGAGUAAUGCCCAUUCUGCAUAUCACUUGCCAUCUCUUUCUCCUCCUCCGAGUCCAUUGAUUCACCCGCAUUCUCCCCCACCUUCACACAACCACAACCCAUCAAUCCCAGAAUCACCCGAGGCGAAGAAGAAGAAGAAGAAGAAAGGAGAAGGAGCUAACAGAAGAGUUGUGAGUGCAGUUCUCAUCUCUGCUGGGAUAACAUGUUCUUUAUGCGCGAUUGGCGUUCUCUGGGGAUGCCAAAAAUUCAGAACGAAACGAAAGAAUUUGGUGAGAGCCUUGUUGGUGCACUGCAUUGAAGGAGAAACCAGAGGUGAAUCAUCUCAGAAAUCAGUUGAAAAGGUAGGGCUAGUUACCUUACAACUUUCAGAGACAAAUUUCCUUAAACAAGAUCCUGAAACUGCCAAUGCAAUCUCAAACCAAACAACACAUGAUUAUACAUUGAGUGAGAAAUCAUCCCCAUCAUCGUCAUCAUCAGAAGUGGGUACUGGAGAAAUAAUCUGUGUUCCUCAUGAGAACAUAGAAGCAGUAAACUCUGAUCACCAUUCAUCAGAUGAUCAAUCUUUCCAUUCCAUAUGCAAUUCAUUCUCAUCUGAUCAUACCAUCAGGUUUUCCAAUGCUUCUGCUAGUAGCCUUUGUGAGAUCAUAUCCCAAGAUGUUUCCAAACAACCUCAAACUUCUGUGCCCUCCACAAUCAUAAAUUCCAAUUCAGAAUCAACCAAACUUCCACCACCGCCGCCACCUCCACUUCCAAGACGGAUUACUAAUUCUGCGAAAGGUGGUUCACCUCCUCCUCCUCCACAACCAUCUCAGAUUCCUGCACCAUUAGGCAAAGAUGGAACUCCGCUCCCAAAACUGAAACCGCUUCACUGGGACAAAGUCAGAGCAGCUCCAGAAUGCUCAACCGUGUGGGACAAGCUCAAAGCAAGCUCUUUUGAAUUUGAUGAGGAGAUGAUAGAGUCACUUUUUGGGUAUAGCCUACAAAACCCAUUAAAGAAUGAGGAGGUGAAAUGCAAAUCCUCAUCCCCAUCUCCAUCUAAGCAUAUUCUUGAGCCAAAAAGAAUACAGAACAUAGCCAUCCUAUCCAAAGCUUUGAAUGCCACUUCUGAACAAGUAUGCGAAGCACUAUUGAAUGGAAGUGGGCUGUGUUUGCAAGAAUUAGAGGCACUGGUGAAAAUGGCACCAGCAAAGGAGGAAGAGGCUAAAUUGUUGAAUUACAAAGGGGACACCAACGAAUUAGCAUCUGCAGAAAGGUUCGUUAAGGCAAUGCUAAAGGUGCCAUUUGCAUUCCUAAGAGUAGAAGCCAUGCUUUUCAAAGAGACCUUCGAAGACGAAGUUUUUCUUCUCAGAAGAUCCUUCUCAACCGCAGAGGAAGCUUGCAAGGAGCUGAGGUCGAGCCAGCUCUUCUUAAAACUGCUAGAAGCCGUACUGAAGACAGGGAACAGGAUGAACAAUGGAACAGUUAGAGGAGGAGCAAAAGCAUUCAAGCUGGACGCCCUUCUUAAGCUCUCAGACAUAAAGGGAAGCGAUGGAAAAACCACUCUGCUCCACUUCGUGCUCCAAGAAAUGACGCCACCACAAUUAGGAUCAACAAACGCUCAUCAUCAUCAUCAUCUUGUUUCUGCAGCUCUAAGCACUGAGCUGUGCAAUGUGAAAAAGGCCGCAGCUUUAGACUUAGAUUCUCUCAUAAGCUGUGUCUCAAAUCUGUCAGGUGGAAUAGCCAACACACAAAAUCUUCUAGUGCUCCUCAAGGAUGAUGAUGAAGAUAAGUUUGUGGAUGCAAUGCGGGCAUUCUUGAAGCAUGCAGAGAGGAAUUUGAAGGAGCUGAGAGAAGAUGAGCAUAGGGCUCUGUUAGGUGUGAGACAAAUUACAGAAUACUUCCAUGGAGAUGAUGUGAGCAAAGAGGAAUCCAAUAACCCAUUAAGGAUUUUUGUAAUUGUUAGAGAUUUUUUGGGUAUGUUAGAUCGUGUGUAAAGAGUUUAUUACUUAUUAGCAGCUCAACAUCACAAUUAAGUAGUACGUACAAACCACUUAUCUGUUGUAUUCUAGUAGCUAGCUUAGUGUUUUUUUUAUUUUUAUUUUUUAUUAAUUUGGUUUGGUAUGUUAGUAAUUUCUCCCUUUUU